AUGAAAGAGAAGCUGGCAGCGUACCGAGCAGCUCGAGGACGUGAUGCAGAAUCAUUUGCCAAGAGGCAGCUCAUAGUUCAGUCAAUGAAAAGGGAUAUUGCAGUGUUGAGUACUAUCAACCCGGGUAUGUCGGUCUCGACUGCACUUCUUCGGUGUCUCGGGUCAACCAGACCAUUGGCGAAGUACAAGGCAUCAUUGUACUACCAAGAUGAAAUGGAACGAAUUGAAGAUCGCCUACUGGAUCUGUACCUUUGA